UCGUCAUUCUUCAGAGAUGGAUCAUCAAAGCCACAGGGCUGACUCACAUGCCUGCCGGGCUGAGUUUAAAACUGCUGCAGCGCUGAGAGAACAAACACAGUCUGUUGUUGCUGUGAGAAUCUGCUGAGCGUUUCAGGCUCUCAGCAUCAGCACAGAGUGAUUGGGAACAGAAACUUUUGAUGAAAACUUGAAUAUGGACUACACAAGACUGCUGCUGCUGCUGUUGCUGCUCAACCUCAGUGGAGCUGUUUGUGCAGUGGUGCAAUGGACAGAAUUAGAUGAAGCAAAGGCCUAUUUGAUGAAGUUUGGUUACCUGAAUGACCCCGCUGAUCCACAGGACCCCCAACACCUGGAAGAGGUCAUUGAAGCUCUAAGUGUUUUUCAGAGAGUGAAUGAUCUGCCGCCUACUGGAGAGUUGGAUGAAGCCACUCUGGUGGUGAUGCGUCAGCCUCGCUGUGGCAUGGAAGACCCCUUCAACAAGAAACAACACAAAUACAGAGUGAUGGGUCAUUGGAGAAAAAGGAGUAUGACAUACCGUAUCUACAACUACACACCUGACAUGAAGAAAGCCGAGGUUAAGAUUGCCAUCCGCUCUGCCUUUAAGUACUGGAGUGAUGUCACUGCUUUGAGCUUCAGAGAGAUCAACUAUGGCAGAGCAGACAUCAAGAUCUCCUUCCAUAAGAAAGAUGGAUUCUGCCCCUUCCCGUUUGAUGGCCGAGGUCAUGUACUAGCCCAUGCUGAGUUACCACAGUCUGGUAUUGUCCAUUUUGAUGAGGAUGAGUUCUGGACUGAGAGAUCGUAUUAUGGCACUAAUCUGCGUAUUGUGGCUGCUCAUGAGAUCGGUCACGCCCUCGGCCUGGGCCACUCUCAGUUCAGAAGCGCCCUGAUGGCUCCAGUCUACUCCGGUUACCGUGCCAACUUCAGGCUUCAUACAGAUGAUGUGCAAGGCAUCCAGCUGUUAUAUGGAAAACGCGUCACCAGCACUUUGGCCAGUCCAACACUCCCCAACAGUCUGCUUCCUUCAGAGAGCAGCCAUGACACUGAGAUCAGCCCUGACCCCUGCACUGCCCCACUGGACACCAUCAUAUUGGGUCCAUGGAGGAAAACCUUUGCCUUCAGUGGUGAUUACGUCUGGACGAUCACUGAUCUGGGAUACAACAAACCGAUACAGAUUAACAGGUUGUGGAAGGCCCUGCCUGGAAACCUGAACGCUGCUGUGCACUCUCAGAGAACCAACAAGACAUACUUUUUCAAAGGUGAUAAAGUGUGGAGGUAUACAAUGUUCAUGCUGGACGACGGCUACCCCAAACAGGUGAAACGGAUCCCUCCUAACAUCAACGCAGCCCUGUACCUGGAGAAGAACAAGAAGAUAGUCUUUAUCAAGGGUUCAGAGCACUGGCAGUGGGAUGAGCUGAAGUACACUGGCUUGAGUCUCUACCCAAAACCGCUCUCCAUGCUCUUCUCCGGAGUGCCGUCAGCUCCAGAUGCAGCUCUCACCUGGACCAACGGCAAGAUCUUCUUCUUUAAGGGAGACGACUAUUGGAGGGUGAAUGAGCACCUGGGGGUCGACAAGGGAUACCCACUGAGCAAGAAGGAGCGCUGGAUGCGGUGCUAGGGGGCGACCAUCAGGGGGCAGCAUGUAUCAAGAGGUUCCACACAGCCAAUGUUUGAUGAUGAAUUAUCAUCUACCAUGUGAAGAAUCAAUUCCCACCUAAAUCAUUAUUGGUAUCUCAAAUACUCAACGUGUUACCUCCAAUUCUUCAAGAAAACGUUUUUCUCUCAUGCCUUUUCUCACACUCACAAUUCUUCAUGAAUUCAAUGUGCAAAACUAUCAGAUCCAUUUACAAUCUCUCAGAAAAGUGUAUAUAUAUAAUGCAAGUCUCAUUUAUUUGCCGGAUUGCCUCACAUGUAUUUUCAAUAAUGCCACGUGUUUGUGAAGCAGAUGUUAAUGCUGCUGUUAACAUGGCCAUGUUUUUGGAUGAGGUUUUUUUCAAGGUAACACAGUGUAGUUGAGUAUCUGAUACAAAUUGUCGUUUUGUGGGUAAAGGGAUACUUUAAAAAAACUAUAAUGAACUUGGGGAUUGAUUUUAUUUUUACUGGACCUGAUUUAAACCAGGCUUCUCCUCAGCCCUGCGUUGAUUUUUGUGAGGCUGACUUCAUGAGCACAAAUGUGUUUUUGUGACUGCCAAUAUUAUGUAAUCUUUUGUAUGAUCUCAGGGCGAAAUCAAAGGAGGCCUUCUGCAUUUUUUCCAACAUGUGUGUUGAAUUAUGUGUGUUAAUAUUUUUCAGUAAAAUGUAAUAUGAAGAUGGGAGCGUGCGCUCUCUUUUCAGACAUUAGUGUAACCAUUCAUGUACAUUUAAAAAAGUUAUUCACCGCUCCAUAAAAACACCUCCAGUAUCUUAUGAGUCACACUCACUUGUGAGGAAUAACGUGACAAACAUUUGUGUUCUGAUUUUUUAAAAGCCACAAUGUAUUUUUUUUUUUACAAUAAAACAAGACAGUCUACUCUCAUAA